GUUGGGAUCCUCUAUACAGUUGGGGACUUUGUUCACGCCCUGGGGACCCCGGCGAAUAUCCCCAAAGUACCCCGGACAGUGCAUGAUCGAAAGCGGGGGAUAAACGGACUCUACAGAUGUGCUAUAUUUAUAGCCAUGCCUGGAUCUUCAAGGUGGUCAUCAAGAACUCGGCCAGAGUCUCAGUAGUAAUCAGCACACCCAUCGACCAUGAACGACUAUAAGAAAUCAUCUGUCGAGGAGAUCGAGAGACUGCCAUCGUCAAGCGACAAUGCAAUUCAGCUGAUUGUCAACAAUGAAACAGUGCUUCUGCCUACACCUUCCGAGGAUCCCAGAGAUCCUCUCAACCUCCCAACCUGGCGCAAGUGGGCCAUCUUGAUCAUCGUCAGCGCUUUUAGUUGCUCAGCUGUCGUCCUCGCAUCCGGGCUUGGACCAAUCUUCCCCAUGAUCGCCAGGGAUUAUCCUGGUCAAGAGCAGAGAGCUAAUGAUCUUCUCACAUAUCCGACCUUGUUCAUGGGCAUUGGCAAUAUUCUUAGUCUGCCUAUCACCAACGUCAUCGGCAGAAGAUCAGUAUUCCUUGCCAGUAUCGUCUUGCUCAUCGCUGGAGGUCUCUGGUGUUCGUACUCCAAGAGCCUAGAGAGUCACAUUGCUGGACGCAAUAUCAUGUCGCUUGCCGCAGGUCAAAGUGAAGCACUAGCGCCUCUGAUUGUUCAAGAAAUCCACUUCCUGCACGAGCGUGGCCGCAAGCUUGGAUGGUUCAUAUUCAUACAGAACUUCACAGUCGGUAUCUUCUUCUUUUCCGAGACAUAUAUGGUCACUUCUUGGGGAUGGCGUUGGUGGUAUGGCUUCUUCAUCAUCUUCAAUGCGGUCGUUUUGAUCGUCGCCAUCCCAUUGGUAACAGAGACAUUGUACAUCAGACCCGAUCAGGCUGCCUCAGGCGGAUUGACAACUGAUAUAGCCGAUGAUGGUCUCACUCGUAUAACGACUACUCGUGGAAACACUCUUCGGCCAGAUAUCCAUGGUCACCGCACUUGGCGUAACGACCUGAAGCUGUUCACGAAGGGUAGCAGUUGGAGCACUAUUCCAAGCUUUUAUCUCGACUUCGUCAAAGGCUUGUGCCACCCUCUUCUCUUCUGGAUCCUUAUGCUCAACGGUGCGUAUCUUGGGCUCUACAUCUUCCAAGCUUCGACCUUCGCCACGAUUCUACUGUCGCCACCAUACUCCAUGACUUUUAACAACCUCGGCUACGUUCAAGGUGCCCAGAUUCUCAUGUGCAUCCUGUUCCUCCCUGUUCUAGGCUAUGGCAGCGACUUUGUGAUCAAGACAAUGUCCAGACGCAAUAACGGAGCAUACAAACCCGAGUAUCGUCUUUUCUUACUAAUCAUCCCUACGGUCGCGACAGUGAUUUGCGCUAUAAUUUACGGUCAAGCUGCUCAGUAUCCAACACAAUGGACUCGCUUGGACAUCGCCAUCCCCUACAACGUCAUUUUCUUCGGCUUCCUUGGUGCCAAUAUCGUGGGCAUAACUUACGGCAUCGAUAGCUUCCCUAUCAAGGCAGCGCCAGUCUUGGUUGUCAUUUGCGCCGGUAGAGGAAUCAUAUCCUUUGGCUUGAGCUAUGCUGUUUUGCCUGCUAUUACUGCCAAAGGGUACGACGGAACGAUGAAUAUCCUUGGUGGACUUGCCGCUGGAUUGUCGAUUCUAGCAGUGCCUGUCUAUGUGUUUGGGCCACAAAUGAGGGCGCUAGGAACAAGGUACUACGGUUUUGGGGAGUCUAAAGACUCACACAAUGGAGAGACUCAUGCUGUAUAAGGAAGCUGCUUCGCUACAACGGCGCAGCUUGGAAAACCUUGUGGCUUUUGAAACACUUUGUCAUCUCUCUUCUUGUUCUCAAUCAGCCUUGUUCAAUGAGCUGACGUCGAGUACAUGUAUCGAAGACCAUCGAUAAUCAGUUCUCCAGUGGCCGAAUUGACUUGGGC